CAUUCCAGGAGGCAGGAGCCACGCACAUCCAACGCUCGCGUUCCUCCGGUUUCGCAAUUCUCCGGUGCAUUGAGUUCACCUCUCUCUAUCUCUCUAUGGCUCUACACAUUCAUUCAUCGAUGAUACAAACCGCUCGAUGAUUGAAUUCCCUCAUCAAUCGCUCUCUCUCUCUGCGCGUCCAAGGAUCGUAGGCCUCGGCGGUGCUAUCCAAGACUAGUACUACUAGUCGGUUCGAUUCCCAGGUCAUGGAAUCACCUGUCAAGGGUUUUAAGGAUACAUCUGUCAUUGUUCUUACACUGGAUACUGGUGAAGCAUAUAUCAUUGCCAGCUUGUCUUCCAGGACUGACACUCAAGUGAUAUAUAUUGAUCCAACAACUGGUGCGCUGUGUUACAAUGGAAAGUUGGGUGUUGAUGUUUUUAAAUCGGAAAAUGCGGCUUUAGAUUAUAUUACAAAUGGAUCACAAUGGCUAUGUAAGAGUAUAAUAUAUGCCAGGGCGAUAUUGGGUUAUGCUGCCCUGGGAAACUUUGGUUUGCUUCUUGUUGCAACAAAGUUAACCUCUAGCAUUCCGAAUCUGCCUGGUGGAGGGUGUGUAUAUACUGUGACUGAGUGCCAGUGGAUCAAAAUAUCUCUUCAAAAUCCCCAACCCCAAGGUAAAGGAGAACUCAAGAAUGUUCAAGAAUUGACUGAGCUUGAGGUCGAUGGAAAGCACUACUUUUGUGAGACAAGAGACAUCACUCGGCCUUUCCCAAGCCGUAUGCCCUUGCAAAAGCCUGAUGAUGAAUUUGUUUGGAAUGGAUGGUUUUCAAUGCCUUUCAAAGACAUUGGGCUGCCACAGCAUUGUGUCACUCUGCUGCAGGGGUUUGCAGAAUAUCGUAGUUUUGGAAGCUUAGGUCAGCUAGAAGGGUAUGUUGCUCUCAUAGCUCGGCGUAGCAGACUGCAUCCUGGCACUCGGUACCUGGCUAGGGGGUUAAAUUCAUGUUUUAGCACAGGAAAUGAAGUUGAGUGCGAGCAACUUGUAUGGGUCCCCAAAAGAGCUGGUCAGAGUGUUCCUUUUAAUACAUAUGUUUGGCGACGUGGCACAAUUCCAAUCUGGUGGGGAGCAGAAUUAAAGAUCACUGCUGCAGAAGCAGAAAUAUAUGUUUCAGGGCGUGAUCCUUAUAAAGGAAGCUCACAGUAUUAUCAGAGGUUGAGUAAAAGGUAUGAUGCUCGAAAUUUAGAUGUAGGUGUUGGGGGCAGUCAGAAUAGAAAAGCUCUGGUUCCAAUUGUAUGCAUCAACUUACUUAGGAAUGGAGAAGGAAAGUCAGAGUCCAUUUUAGUUCAGCAUUUUGAGGAAUCUUUAAAGUAUAUCAAAUCAAUUGGAAAACUUCCUUAUACUCGAAUGCAUUUAAUAAAUUAUGAUUGGCAUGCCAGUAUAAAGUUAAAAGGUGAACAGCAAACAAUUGAAGGAUUGUGGAAACUUCUAAAAGUACCCACUGUAUCUAUAGGCAUUUCUGAAGGGGAUUAUUUGCCUUCACGACAACGGAUGAAGGAUUGUAGAGGUGAAAUCAUAUAUAAUGAUGACUAUGAUGGUGCCUUCUGCUUAAGAUCACAUCAAAAUGGAGUGAUACGUUUCAACUGUGCAGAUUCUUUGGAUAGAACCAAUGCAGCUAGUUAUUUUGGCUCCCUCCAAGUUUUUGUGGAGCAAUGUAGGCGGCUGGGGAUAUCACUUGAUAGUGAUCUGGCUUUAGGUUAUCAGCCAAUGAAUAAUUAUGGUGGAUAUAUUGCUCCAUUGCCUCCAGGUUGGGAGAAACGAUCUGAUGCAGUGACAGGGAAAACAUAUUAUAUUGAUCACAAUACUAAGACCACAACAUGGACGCAUCCCUGCCCAGAUAAACCCUGGAAGAGAUUUGAUAUGACAUUUGAGGAGUUCAAGCGAUCGACAAUACUUUCACCAGUAUCUCAGCUAGCCGAUCUUUUUCUGCUUGCUGGUGAUAUUCAUGCAACACUUUAUACUGGUUCUAAAGCUAUGCAUAGUCAAAUCCUUAGCAUAUUUAAUGAAGAUGCUGGAAAGUUUAAACAGUUUUCUGCAGCACAGAAUGUGAAAAUUACUUUGCAGAGAAGAUAUAAAAAUGCAAUUGUAGAUAGCUCUCGUCAAAAGCAGUUGGAGAUGUUUCUUGGAAUGAGGCUUUUCAAGCAUCUUCCAUCAAUUCCUAUUCAACCUCUAAACGUACUCUCACGACCAUCUGGUUUCUUUCUUAAGCCAGUUGCCAACAUGCUUUCAACUUCUGAUAGUGGGGCCAGCCUUCUGAGUUUCAAAAGAAAAGACAUAGUAUGGGUUUGCCCACAGGCUGCAGAUGUGGUUGAGCUUUUUAUAUAUCUUGGGGAGCCUUGUCAUGCUUGUCAGCUUCUUCUCACAAUAUCUCAUGGUGCAGAUGAUUCAACUUAUCCCGCAACAGUUGACGUAAGGACAGGACGGUGUCUAGAUGGGCUUAAACUGGUUGUGGAGGGUGCUUCCAUACCUCAGUGUGAAAGUGGGACAAACCUCAUCAUACCCUUAACUGGGCCAAUUAGUGCUGAAGAUAUGGCUGUUACUGGGGCAGGUGAACGCCUUCAUGCUCAAGAUACACCAAAUAUUUCAUUACUGUAUGAUUUUGAAGAACUAGAGGGAGAAUUGGACUUUCUUACUCGUGUAGUAGCACUCACGUUUUAUCCUGCUGUGUCUGGAAAAAGCCCUAUGACUCUUGGUGAGAUAGAGAUCCUUGGAGUUUCUCUUCCUUGGAAGGGUGUGUUUACUAAUGAAGGCCAUGGUAAAAGAUUAAUUGAACUUGCCAAAAACAGUCAGAAAGAAAUCAACCCCUUUUUGUCCAGUUCAGAUUCCAAUCCAUUUUUGGGCACUUCAACUAAUGAAAAUGUGCCACCGUUGGUGCAACAAAGUGCUUCUGCCAACCUCUGGGUUGACCUUUUGACUGGAGAGGGCACAGUUUCAGAACCCAUUGUGCAACCAGUGAGGGGAAAUGCUGUAGACAAGGGAAGUGACGUGCUUGAUUUCUUGGACCAAGCUGUUGUUGAAUUUCAUGGUGCUGAAGAUGAUCAUACACAUUCUUCAUCACAAGAUUUACGACCUUCGGAUAGUAGCUCCCAGCAGUACUUAACUUGUCUGGCGUCCCUUGCAGGGCCAAGUGUGGAAAGGAAACUAGACUUCACGGAAGCUAUGAAACUUGAAAUUGAACGCCUCAGGCUGAAUCUUUCUGCUGCUGAAAGGAAUAGAGCUUUAUUAUCAUUUGGAAUUGACCAUGCUACUCUAAAUCCAAAUCUUUUGCUUGGUGAAUCCCAAAUGGGAAGAUUAUGCAGAGUUGCAAACAACCUUGCACUGCUUGGGCAAGUUUCCCUUGAAGAUAAAAUUACUGCUGCUAUUGGUCUUGACACUAAUGAUGAUAAUGUGAUAGAUUUCUGGAAUAUUGCUGGAAUAGGAGAGAGUUGUUCUGGUGGCAUAUGUGAAGUGCGUGCUGAAACCAAAAGACCAAUACGUACAUCCCCUAUGGUGUCAGUUGCUGUAGGUCCACAAUCUGUCUUGUUGUGCUCUCAAUGUGAAAGAAAGGUUUGUAAGGUUUGUUGUGCUGGGAGAGGGGCUCUUCUGCUUCCUGGCUAUAACUCAAGGGAGGUUUCAAACUACAAUGGUCUAUCAAGCCAGAGUGGAUCAAACCAUGGCGGCCAAGAUGAUGUCUCUUCGAAUCGUUCAGUAGCACUAGAUGGUGUUAUUUGCAAACAAUGCUGCCAGGACAUUGUGCUUGAUGCUUUGAUCUUGGACUAUGUCAGGGUCUUGAUUAGUUUGCGAAGAAGUGCCCGUGCAGAUAGUGCUGCUCAUAAAGCUUUGAACCAGGUGGUAGGAUCAUCCUUAAGGGAUUAUCUUUCCGAAAGGAAUCAGCCUUCUGAUUGCCAGCGAGCUGUCAAAGUCCUAAGACAUUUUCUUAACGGAGAGGAAUCGCUGGCUGAAUUUCCAUAUGCUUGCUUUUUACACUCGGUUGAAACAGCAACAGAUUCAGCACCGUUUUUGUCAUUGCUUGCUCCAUUAAAUUCUGGAUCGCAGCAUUCAUAUUGGAAAGCUCCCUCUAAAACAACCUCUGUUGAAUUUGUUGUUGUUCUCGGUACCCUUUCUGAUGUCAGUGGCGUAAUCUUGCUUGUUAGUCCAUGUGGUUAUUCAGCGGCUGAUGCUCCCACGGUACAGAUUUAUGCUAGCAAUAAAAUACACAAGGAAGAAAGGUCAUGCAUGGGAAAAUGGGAUGUCCAAUCCUUGGUCAUGUCUUCUUCAGAGUUUUAUGGACCAGAAAAGUUGGGUACAGAGGAUAAAGUACCUAGACACAUUAAAUUUGCCUUUAGGAAUCCUAUUCGGUGCCGCAUCAUUUGGAUAACACUCCGUCUUCAGCGACCUGGUUCAGGUUCUGUUAGUUUUGAGAAAGACUUAAAUCUUUUGUCUUUAGAUGAAAACCCCUUCGCACAAGUAAAUCGACGUGCCUCUUUUGGAGGGUCAGUUGAGAGUGACCCUUGUCUGCAUGCCAAAAGGAUUCUUGUAGUUGGAAGCUCGGUAAAAAAAGAGACGGGGCUUACAUCAGCACAAGGCCCUGACCAGAUGAAUUUUAAAAGCUGGUUGGAGAGAGCUCCACAAUCAUAUAGAUUCAAGGUUCCAAUUGAGACUGAGAGCUUGAUGGACAAUGACCUUGUCUUGGAACAGUAUCUAUCUCCUGCUUCACCGUUGCUUGCUGGAUUUCGCCUAGAUGCUUUCACUGCGAUAAAGCCUCGGGUUACCCAUUCACCCUCUUCAGAUAUACAUAGCAAGGAGACAUCAAUGACAUUCUUGGAAGACAGAUACGUCUCUCCAGCUGUGUUGUAUAUACAAGUGUCUUAUCUCCAGGAACCUCAUGGCAUGGUAACAAUGGGGGAAUUUCGACUGCCAGAGGCUAAGGCUGGAACAGUAAUGUACUUCGAUUUCCCUAGGCCAAUAUCAACCCGCAGGAUUUCAUUCAAACUUCUUGGAGAUGUCGCAGCAUUUGCUGAUGAUCCUACGGAACUAGACGAUUCUGGAUUUUGGCAAUUGGCAUCGGGCUUGUCCAUGGCCAAUAGGAUUAAGUCGUAUUACUAUGGUGAUCCUUAUGAACUUGGGAAAUGGGCUACUAGUCUUUCGGCAAUUUGAGUCUUAUUUUUGCACGUAAAAUAGCGUCUGAGGAUUGACUGGGAGGCUUGUCAUCGUCCAAUAGGGGGUUGGUUGUGGUUGUUAUAUUGUUUUUACUUUUCUUUGAUGUGAUAUCAGCUUGUAGCAUUAUAUUCAUUGAUGUAAUAAUAUCAGUGUUGUGUACAA